AUGAAUGAUAAAGAAAAAGAAUUAUGCCCCCGUCUAAUAGACUUUUUGGUUGUUGUUGGAAAAAGGAACCGGACUAGAGGAGCCAGUCAAAGCAGUCCAGAUGCGAUCACAGAUUCCACAGUCACCUAUCCUGAAAUAUUAAGGAGAUACCCUACUGAUGACCACAAGGAUUUCAUCCUUCCUACAGAUGUAACGGUUUUCUGUCAACCAGAGGGUUGCACCACUACAAGUGCCCGCAUCAGGAAAAACAGUCGAAAUGAUCCCCAAUUCUUCGUUUUCAUGCUGACAGAAAAAGACUCUGCAAAAAUCCGUUAUGGGAUAUGUCUCAACUUCUACCAAUCAUUUGACCGACGUUCUACGCCACGAGAUGAAGCAAAACGACUUCCAGAUGAAGCACACCAUAAAAAACGUGACACUCAAGUCUCUUUGACGAGUCUCUGCUUCAUUUCACAUCAUCCAUUUGUCUCAAUUUUUCAUCAAGUACUUCUUUUAUUGAAACGCAUCAUUGACAGCGCCAACCAUCGAGCUGCGCAGAGAACCGGACUGAAAGAUAUUGUGUGGGCUAUUCUUACGGGUCAUUAUAAUGAACCCAUUGUUCCGGAAGUAAUGAAAGAGAUCAAAGAAGUGGAGACAUGGAUUUUGAUGUUGCUGAGCUCCCCAGUCCCAGUUCCUGGUAAAACCAAAGUUCAAAUUGAGGUGAUGCCGAUAGAUCUGUCCCAAGUGUUUGAAUUUGCUUUACCGGAUCAUACACGGUUUACACUGAUUGACUUUCCCUUGCACAUUCCAUUUGAAAUACUUGGAAUUGAAAUGGCUCUGAGAGUAUUAACAGCUGCUAUGCUGGAAUUUAAGAUUGUCAUUCAGUCCCGGAAUUACAAUGCAGUUAGUAUGUGUAUCCUUUCAAUAGUGGCUCUCCUUUAUCCUCUGGAGUACAUGUUUCCUGUCAUACCUCUUCUCCCGGCGUACAUGCCGUCUGCUGAGCAGCUUCUUCUUGCGCCCACUCCAUUCUUGAUUGGAGUGCCUUCAUCAUUCUUCCAUCAUCGUAAAAUUAGAGAGCUUCCGUCAGAUGUCAUUCUAGUGGAUCUUGACACAAAUUGCCUUCAGGUACCGGAUGAUUUGUACAUCCCAGACCUACCUGAGCCAGAUGUCACACAGUUGAAGGAGAAACUGAAAAAUGCUAUUAAUAGAAUGACAACGAUGACAGUGGACAACGAGAACAGUGUCACAGACGCAGACUUUGGAAUUGAUAUUGACAGUGUGGAUGUUGCUUGCAGAGUUCAAUUCUUCAAUUCUGCCAAUGUCUUCGGCAAUUUCAGUGAGCACACAAGAACUCUCCGCCUGUACCCAAGACCAGUUGUAUCUUUACAAACUGAUUCGUUCUUACGAAGUCGUCCACAAUGUACACAAUUCAUCACCGAUCUGUGUCGUACCCAGGCAGUGGAAUAUUUUGCGGAAUGCUGUCUCUGUCCGAAAAAUGAGACAUUUGUGAGAGUGCAAGCUGGAAUUGAGAGUGCAGAACAAGUUGGAGAUAAACCAAAGUGGUUUAGUGAAGCACUCAUGCCAGUUCAUUUUACGGUGUAUCCAAGUAAUUCAACGCUAGAUUCGGCGGUCCGUGUGUAUAACACAGAAGUCGAUGUGGAUGAGUAUGAAGAAGACAGUGCAACAUCUACAGAAAACUCCAAUAGUAUUGAUGACUUGGUAUUUGAUGAGAAUCAGUCUACAGAUGUUGGAGGAGAAGUCACCAAACCACUCGCGGAAGUCAAUUACAUUUAUAAGGAGCCAAUGACUCUAGAGCUACCACAAAGUGAAAGUGCAGUUUCUAUAGACAGCUCCUUGAGCAGUGGACGGAGCAGUCCGGAUUCUUCUCUUUCAACCUCUGCAGUGGAUAGUGAAGCCGAUUUCGCAAGACUUGCUGAUAACCUUGCUCUUAAGUCCAAUUCCCAAGGAGCAUUCUCGUUCGAUCACGGCAGUGACUCUGAAUAUGAAUCCACACCAGUUUCUCAAAGACGAAAAACUAUUCAUAACCCGGGCAGUGAAGCAUCUGAUACACCGACUAGUAGAGGGUCUAUCAAAUCUGGAUUGAGAAUGAAAGGUCUUUCCUCACUGACGGAUUCUGGAGAAAAGGUUCUGGGACCAUCUUUCAUGAAUGCAAUCAAUGGAUAUGCGGAGAAAAGCCAGAGUGUAUUCAGUCAAGUCAUUAAUAAAACAGCUCCAAGGGCUCAAGCUUUAAAAGAGAGGACAAUGAAGCCAAUUGCAACUAAAAUUGAGCAAAGCCAACAUAUCGUGAGAUCCAAAGCACUUCCUAACCCAACAAGCCAACAAACUGCUAAUCAACAGAGCAAAAACCAACAGACCGUAAAAGAAUUUUGUGACCAAGCAUUAGCUGGACAGAGCGUAGGAAUGUUCUCAGCUCCAAAGCUACGAAGAUUAAUGGAGGAUGAAAGUCUCAGAGAAUUGGUUUGCUCUAAGCUGAAUUUGGGAUUAGAAGUGAAGCUGUCCGAAGAUGAAUUUGUUAAAGAAGUGCAACUAACAAAAGGACAGUUCAAAGCAUACGUCAAAAUCCUGAAAGCAUGUCUGGAAGGUAUCGAAGUCUCUUUCAACACACCUGGCUGUUGUGGUUUUGCAUCAGUCUUCCACGUACUCGAGAUUGCUCACACACAUUAUUGGGCAAUGGGUGGUGGGGACGCAAUCACUCCAAGUAGUUCGGCGCCUAGCACCAUGACGACUCCAUCAGAGCACUCCAAUGACAUUCUAAAAGAAAGCAUAUCCCGUCCAAAGCUUCCUGCUUCUACUAUCGACCUUCGUACCCCAACGAAACCUCUUGGAAAUAAUGUCACUCCUACCGCAACUGAAACCCCAGAAGUUCCUGCGUCUAAUAAACCACCAAGUCUUCCACCACCAAUUCCUCCUCGUGAAGCCCCACCAGUUCCAAAAAGAAAUCCACCACCUCCCGGUGCUCCACCAAAAUUACCAGAUGCAGCGAGAGCGCCGCCACCACUACCACCUAGACCAAAAGUGAAAACAACAGCUCCUCCAACAGAAACUUUUGAGCCUAACAAUGAGCCAGCUCAACCAAGCUCUCCAAGUUUCCCUGCAGAUGCAGAUGAGCAAACAAAACCACUGCUGAAACCGGUGCCUCCAACAAGUCUUCCGGUUGGCAAACAGGAGCCUUGUAAAGUUCUUCCAACACCAAAUGAGCCAGUGAGACACUACAUUUAUCAAGAACUGAUAUUAGCCGUGCAACACCAAAUAUGGCAGAAUCUUCAGUUUUGGGAAAAUGCGUUUGUGGACCUUGUAGCUCAAGAAAGAGAGAUAGUUGGUAUGGAUCAAGAGCCAUCAGAGAUGAUUGACAGGUACUCCGCCUUAAACGACUCUGAAAAGAAGAGACUGGAGUUAGAAGAAGAUCGUCUCCUAUCCACUUUACUGCAUAACAUGACUGCCUAUAUGAUUAUGUGUGGAACAGGCCAGAGAGCACUUCAACAAAAAGUGCGACGACUUCUGGGCAAGGCUCAUAUUGGCUUAGUGUGCUCGAAGGAGAUUAACAAGCUUCUUGACGAAUUGCCUUCUACUCAAGGAAAUUUCAUUCCAUUAAAACCUCUUGGAAGUCGGCUCGUGCAAAAGCAAUCAUUCACUGUGUGCCCAGGACCAAAUGCAGAUGGUCAGAUGAUGUUUAUGGAGGUUUGCGAUGAUGCAGUGGUGUUACGAUCGAUCACUGGCGCAGCGACAGAACGAUGGUGGUAUGAACGUCUUGUUAACAUAACGUAUUCUCCAAAAACCAAAAUACUUUGCCUCUGGAGACGACAUGACGAUAAAUGUCGAGAGCUCUAUCAAUGCAUGAAAGCAGCAAUGGAAAGAGCCGCCGCGAGAGGAAAAGUAAAUGUGGAAGGUAGAGCGCUAGGAGGUGAAUUCCCAGUCCACGACACAGAAACCAAUCAAGGAGGAUUGCUACAAGUUCGUUGUGAUGGUGUUGCAGUUAUAUUUGCUCACAGUCAGAUAUUUAUUGGUCUCUCUAAUAUCAAAAAGUGCAACACAUUCGGAGGAAAUGUAUUCCUUCUGGAAGAAUUUGACCGUAAGAAAGGAGAAAUCAUUCAAAGGAGAUACUUCUCUCAAAUGGCAGAUCAAAUUUGCUAUGCAGUUCUUUGUGUAUUCUCCCUAGCAGCUGCUGGACAUAAAAAAGAAGAGCAUAGUAAAUAA